AUGGUUAAGAAUAAUAAUGAGCCUCAAAAAAAUGAUUCUCUAGAAAAACAAAGGCCAUCCGAAAAUAUUAGAACAAAUGAUUACCCACACCCAAGUGGAAAAGCUCUUAUAGAAACCGAUACAUCAUCGCCGUCGCCCCACCUAUCAAAUAACAUUUCCGAUUUUCGUCCCGAUUAUCUUCGUUUAAUACUUACCUCAAAGGUUUAUGAAGUUGUUAAAGAAACUCCUUUGCAACAUGCUGUAAACCUUUCCUUAAAAAAGAAGAAUAAAAUCUUUUUAAAAAGAGAGGAUUUACACGAAGUGUUUUCUUUUAAAAUUAGAGGUGCUUAUAAUAAGAUAGCUCAUUUGAGUAAUGAGGAAAGGAAAAGAGGAAUUAUUGCAUGUUCUGCUGGAAACCACGCACAAGGAGUUGCUAUGUCUGCAAAACAUCUUGGACUUUCGGCAACUAUCAAUGUCAGCGGAACUCCAGAAAUUAAGUGGCGUAAUGUUGAACGGCUUGGUGCUGAAGUUGUUUUAUACGGAAAUGAUUUUGAUGAAGCCAAGAAAGAAUGUUCUCGUCUCGCCGAGAUAAAGAAACUUACUAAUAUUCCUCCUUAUGAUGACCCAUACGUUAUAGCUGGUCAAGGAACAAUCGCGAUGGAGAUCAUCCGUCAACACAGUUUACACAAUUUGGAUCAUAUUGACGCGAUUUUCGCAUGCGUUGGGGGAGGUGGUCUUAUCGCUGGUAUUGGAAGUUACAUCAAAAGGUUAUGGCCUAAUAUCAAGAUAAUUGGAGUUGAAACAUAUGAUGCUAAUGCAAUGACUUUGUCAUUAAAAAAUCAAAGACGUGAAACACUUGAUGAAGUCGGUUUGUUUGCUGAUGGAGCUGCUGUUAGAAUUGUAGGAGAAGAAACCUUUAGAGUAUGUAAAGAGGUGGUGGAUGAUAUGAUUUUGGUAUCCACCGAUGAAAUUUAUACUCGAUCUAUUGUAGAACCUGCUGGUGCACUUGGGGUAGCAGGUGUUAAAAAAUAUAUAGCCGACAAUAAUUUGAGUGGUGGUAUAUUUGUAGCCGUCACGUCAGGAGCAAAUAUGAAUUUUGAUCGACUUAGAUUUGUUGCCGAACGUGCUGAACUUAAUGAAGCUUUGAUAUCCGUUAUUAUACCGGAAAGACCUGGAAGGUACUCUGAUUCAGACAACGCAUGGAUUUUUAUGUCAUUCAUGGUUAAAAAUCGUAAAGAAGAGCUUCCUAAAAUUUUGCAAAAUUUGAAAGAAAAUGAUAUGGACGGACAAGAUAUUAGCGAUAAUGAGAUGGCUAAGAGUCAUGCUAGGUACCUAGUAGGAGGCAGAAGUAAAGUCAAAAAUGAACGAUUAUAUAGAUUUGAAUUUCCUGAAAGACCUGCAGCACUUCAAAAAUUCUUAUGUGGACUUAGGUCGGAUUGGAAUAUUUCACUUUUUCAUUAUCGUAAUCAUGGAUCGGAUAUUGGCAAAGUUUUGGUUGGAAUUCAAGUUCCGCCUCAGGAUUCCGAAGAAUUUGAAAUUUUUAAGAAUAAUUUAGGGUACCACGUUGUUGAUGAAACUAAUAAUCCUGUUUACAAACAAUUUUUAAUCAGUCCGGAUCCGAAGCGAAACGAAGAACUAUAA